AAAAGUGGAAGACAAAAAAGGAGGUUUUUAAAUCUAAAAAUGUACACAAAAGACAUAUUUAAUUUCGUAUUGACAUGUCAACGUUGAUGAACACCUAAGGUACACAUCGGCGAACAGGUACACAUCGGAAAUAUGACUUUCGCAAGUAUUUAUCGUCCAGGGCUGUUUGCAUCUAAGAGGUUUAUUGUCACUGGCGGUGGGUCUGGCAUCGGAAGGUGCAUUGCACACGAGCUGGCUUCUCUCGGGGCCUCUGUUUCGCUGAUCGGACGCAGCCAGCAUAAAUUGGAAAAAACUGCCAAGGAAAUAGCCGACGAUAAUGGUAAUGAUAUUGUGUCAUGGCACACGUGCGAUAUCCGCGACGAAGACAGGGUCAAGCAGGUCAUGGGCGAAAUACUGCAGCAGGGGUCUAUAGCAGGACUAGUAAACAAUGCCGGGGGACAGUUUCCCGCUCCGCUGGCAAAUAUUUCAAAAAAGGGUUUCGAAUCGGUGGUUAGCAGCAAUCUCACAGGUGGCUUUCUUUUCUCCAGAGAGCUGCUGAAUCAGAGUAUUGAUCGGGACCUCAUAUCGAACGAAGGAUGCUCCAUUGUGAAUAUUGUUGCCGACAUGUGGGGUGGCAUGCCAGGUAUGGGUCACAGUGGGGCCGCUAGAAUGGGCAUGGUGAAUCUAACCCAAACUGCUGCUGUAGAAUGGGCCAAAUAUGGGUAUCGUGUGAACGCUGUCGCUCCAGGAUGGAUUGCCUCGAGUGGGUUUGACGCGUACUCAGAUCCUCACAUCAAAAAGGUUUUACCAAAACUUGGAGGCACUUUGCCUGUUAAUCGCUUGGGAACUGAAUCCGAGGUCAGUGCCGCAGUUUGCUUUUUGCUCGGUGAAGGGUCUGCUUUCAUUACUGGUACAACCUUGCAAGUAGAUGGUGGUCGGCCGUUGAACAAUCACCCUAUUAUGGCACCCCCGGCACAGCACGACAAUAAUAAGCCUUUCACAGGCUUUCACAGGCAUGUGACAUCUAAAUUGCUCGGGGGUCCAGGAGAGUGACAACGGCGAACAGACUUCUCGCCAUAGAGUCGGACUGCUGAUUUGAUGUAUGGAUCUUAUGUUCAGUUGAUUGCAACGUUACUGAGAACAUUGUUACAAUGUAAAGGAGAGCGGAUCCAAUAUAUAUGCUAUCUUGCUAUGCACAUCCGUAUAGCUUCUAAACAAGCACGCUGUCGACAACUAUAAAUUAGUACUGAAAUGAAAAACCUCGGGAGACGUUGGCAUCAGUAAUCAUUUGUAGUAUUAUAGUACAAAUAAAGACGCAUAGUAUAUUGUUUGGAC